UGAGCAUCAUCAGAGCUACACAUACAUUAUCAACUCCAAAGUGAAAGAGAGAAUGGCCAUGGCAACGAAGUUAGUUUCUACUCUAGUCAUCUUUUUGGUCCUGGCUCUGGCCAUCAAUGAAGUGCCGGGGACAGAAGCGCACAAUGACGAGUGUCUGAAAGAAUAUGGUGGUAAUGUUGGUUUCCCCUUUUGUGCCCCUCGGAUAUUUCCGUCGGUUUGUUAUUCAAGGUGCCAAAGGGACAAGAACGCUCAAGGUGGAAAAUGCGUAUGGGGAGAUUCCGGUGUUACAUGCUUCUGCGACUUCUGCAGCGACCAACCUUCUAUAAGUAUUAUCUGAGUCUUGCAUGUGUGCGUGAUAAUCCAAGAUAAUAUUCCAAAAAGUAAUCCCAAAUAAUAAUGUAACGAUGAAUAAGUAAUGAUAUAAAAUAAAAUAAAUAAACCUAAA